AUAACUUCAUGGAACUAACAUUGAAAUUGUGUCUUCAUAUAGCCCAAUAUGCAGGUUUCAUAGUCGGGCAACUUACCAAUUCGUGUCUUUUGUUUCUUAUUUUUACUAGAGCUGAGAGAUUAUUUGGAAGUUAUCGACAUGUGAUGGCUGUUUUUGCGUUGUUUUCUUUGGUUUAUACUUGGAUCGAGUUUAUAGCACAGCCGGUGAUGCACAUAAAACAAUCAAUGUUCAUUGUAAUGCUAGAUAGUCCUUUCACAUUUGACGUUUCGACCGGGAAUGAAAUUACUUGUUUAUACUGCUCAUCAUUUGCUCUUUGCAUUUCACUUUUGGCUGCUCAGUUUUAUUACCGAUAUAUUGCUCUUUGCCAACCAGAAACCCUUGAGAAAAUAAAAGGAUGGAAUCUGACCUUAUUAUUCAUUCCUUGUAUUGUUUGCUUUGUUGGUUGCGUUACUUGCGUCUAUUUUGGAAUGCACAAUACUGUGGAAAAACAAAAAUUUAUGAGAGACGUGAUGUUUGAGAACUAUGAUGUUGAUUUGGGCAGGGAAUCAUUUAUCGCAGCUUUUUAUUGGUCAUAUGAUAAAAAUGGGUCUCGAAUUUUCCGCUUUCGGGAUACCAUUGCGGCUUCUGGAUGUAUAUUAGUGGCAUGCUUCUCCACAAUACUGUAUUGUGCUUUCAAAAUCUACAUCAGACUCAAAAGUGCUCAAGCAUUGAUGAGUACUAAAACGAGAGAACUUAACCGACAGCUGUUUAUCACUCUCACUUUUCAGACACUUUUUCCAUUUUUCAUGAUGUAUUGCCCUGUUGGUUCUUUGAUUUCUUUUCCAUUUCUUGAAAUUGAAGUUGGGAAAUUUGGUAAUUACACUGGCGCAGCUGCCGGAAUUUACCCAGCUUUAGAACCUCUUAUUGCAAUUUUCUGUAUCAAAGAUUUCAGAAGAGAAGUACUAUGUCAACGGAAAAAAGUUCGAACUGAAGUAAAAUCCAGAUCAGGAAUCCCAUCUACUUCUUUCAUAUAACUUUUAAAAAAGUAUAUUUAACCUUUUUGAACUAUGUAUAUUUAGCCUUUUUUUUCAAAGGUUUAGUUUCUUAAUGCAAUAAAUUUUGAACCCUUA